CACAAUGGCUAGGCACACAGCUCUCUGUACCGCCACUCUGAUUGCCUUUCUCUCGAUCCCAUGCCUUGCAAACCGAAAACUGCUGGUUUUCCUUAUAGAUGGUUUCCGCUAUGAUUACAUCAACGAAGCAGAACUGCAGAACUUGCCGGGUAUGAGGGAGAUCGUGCAAUUGGGCGUCAAAGCGGAUUACCUGACACCGGAGUUCCCCAGCCUUUCAUUUCCCAAUUAUUACUCCCUGAUGACCGUUCUCAUUAGGCAGGGGAAAGCAGACAUGGCCGCAGUGUACUAUGAACGCAAUGAUGUUGAAGGUCAUCAUUUUGGCCCUUGGUCAAAGCAGAGAAAGGAAGCCACCAAAGCUUUGGAUGAGACUUUAAGAAACAUGAACAUGAAAAUUAAGGAAGUGGGUCUCCAGAAUGAAUUGAAUGUUAUGCUGUUUUCGGACCAUGGAAUGACUGACAUUUUCUGGAUGGAGAAGGUCAUUGAACUUGAUAAAUAUAUAAAGAUGUCAGAUGUAUUGAACAUGAUGGAUCGAGGGCCUAUAGUCAGUUUGUGGCCUCAAGAAGGAAAACUGAAUGAGCUGUACAGCAACCUUAAAAAAGUUAAAGAGAUGAGCGUGUACAAGAAAGAUGAAAUUCCAGACAAAUAUCAUUAUAAAGGUGGGAAAUUUGUCGCACCACUUACUCUGCUGGCUCAGAAAGGCUGGUUUAUUGCUGAGAAUAUACAAAAGUUGCCUUAUUGGGCCAAUGGAACAGAUGGCAAGAAGGGUUGGCAGCACGGAUGGCAUGGCUACGACAAUGAAUUGAUGGAUAUGAAAGGAUUCUUUCUGGCCUAUGGACCAGAUUUCAGGUCAAAUUACAAGGCACCUCCAAUGAGAGUAGUUGAUGUAUACAACAUCAUGUGUCAUGUUGCUGGAAUAAACCCAUUGCCAAACAAUGGUACUUGGUCCCAAGUGAAAUUGAUGCUGAAUAACGGUGUGAAUUUGUCUUGCACUGCAAAAGCUAGUGUAACUGUGUUGACAGUAUUGCUGGCCUGGGUCUUUUUCUGAUCAGGUCCCAUUCCAUUUUUUAAAAAAAAUUUGAAUUGAACUGUGUGAUUUUUUACCAAGAUUAUUCGAAUUAAUUGCCUUUGGAGAUACAAAUAACAUUUAAUCGUACUGUCAAAACAUUGGAUCCUGGUAGGCUUCCUACUGAAUGCUGUAAAGUGAUUCUUUAUGAGUUUAAUGUCAAUGUUAUUGUCUACAAUACACAAUGAGUUGAGCACCUCCCAAGUAUACUCAGAAAUAACAAUUCUGCUGCUACUCUGUCUCUAACACUUCGUACAUCCCAUCCUCGCUUUGGCAGGAGUACAUUUAGCCAUCUUGGCCCCAUGAUGUGAAGCUUCUUCAUAAAUGCUAAUGCCUCACUCCCUCCCUAUCCACUGAAAUACUCAUUAAUUAACAGCUCUUUUAAGAAGCUCUUGCUCAGACUUACUGAUUUCUUCUUCUUUGACUUGAUGUUCAUCUUUGUCUGAUGAAGCUCCUGUGAUGUUUUUCUAUAAAAAUGAAAGUUGUUGAUCUGAUA